UUUUUUUUUUUUUUUCGUAAUUCAUUCUUUUUCUCUUCUCUUCUGUUCUUUUCUUUAUUUGAUCCCCGUGACAUAUAUAUUUUUUUUUUUUUUUUUUUUUUUUUUGCAUAAAUGAGAUAGAAAAUAAAAAAUUUAAUAAAAAAAAAUAUGACAGCAGACAGAGAUAACCAAGAACCCAAUACACCUAUUGAUGGUGAGACUACUACCGUCCGAACCCAGGCCGCAUUCGUUAACAAACUCUACAAAAUGCUAGAAGAUAACACCAUUCGAAGCCUCAUUUCUUGGUCAGACAGAGGAGAUUUAUUUAGCGUGUCAAACCCAACAUCCUUUUCGAAAUCAGUGUUACCCCAGUACUUUAAGCACAAUAAUUGGCAAAGUUUUGUCCGUCAACUCAACAUGUAUGGCUUCCACAAGGUGAAUGACAUGAUUCAUUCGAACUUGACCUCAGAUAACCAGACUUGGGAAUUCAAACACCCACAUUUCAAAAGAGGAGAAGUAGAAGAGUUACAGAAUAUUAAGAGAAAGAGUACCAAGCCUUCAUUUGCAACAGCCACAUCACCAUCACGUAUACCAUUAACCAGACUUCCUUCAGACAACGAUGAUGAUGUCUAUGGUCCAUUGUAUAAACACAUUCUACAUAUAGAAGAUCGUUUGCAUCAUGUAUCAAAAUCCUAUGAAAUACUAAAGAAUGAAACCAAUUCAUUAAGGACCGUUCUCAACAGACAGCAGCAGACGAUCUCUGAUUUUGCAGUAUUAUUGGGCGAUGUGUUGGAAGGAGAAGAUUGUAAUCUGGGUGUUAACACAUCAUCGAAAAAAGAUAUAAUUCUCUCGAAAUUGAGUGAUUUGCAAAGCCAGUUUGUAAUCGACAAUGUAAGCCAAGAAUCAUUAUCAUCGGGUACGCAACCGAAUAACUCCAAUUCACCUGUAUCUACAAGAUCACUUGAGCAAUUUUUAUCAUCACAACAACAACAGUAUCAAUAUGGGGAUACAUCGUAUUCAAGUCGUCGAUCGUCCGAUGCAAAACAACCAAUUCCACAUGUGAAUCGACGUAUGGGGUUUGGUAAGGAAUCCCAUUUAUUAAAUCCUGAACCAACUAUGAAGAACGAUGAUGAUAAAUUCAUAAAAAAACGACGUACCGAUUAAGCAUUAUAUCCCCCCACUCACCCCCUCUUCUCCUUUCUUUUUUUUUUCAAAACAAACCCUUUUUUUUAUUUUUGCAUUUUUUUCUUUUAUAAUCAUUCAUGUAUUAUGACACAUCUCUCUCUUUUUACUGCCUGUAACCAUGUAAUAUUAUUUCUAUGCUUACUAUGAACUUUUCCCUUUAUAUAAAUACAAGAAAAAAAAAUCUCUCGCUCUUUCUCUCUCCCACACACAUCCACCAUGCAUAUAAACUUUUUUUUUCUCUCUUUUGUCAAUAAUAAUAAUAAUAAAAAAAAGAAGGAGUAAUCC